AUGGAAGAAGACCGGAGCGGGAAUCAGAGUAUUACGCGGCCGGUGAUUUUGCGGCGCUCGUGUGACCAAUGUCGCAUUGGCUGCGAUAGAGCAUCGCCUUGUGCGAACUGCUCUAGUGCUAGGCUUGAAUGCACACACUCUCCUCAGAAGCCUAGAACAGGCGAGGGCCGCCAGAGAGUGCUCAUAUCAGCGAAUUAUGAAAAGAAGAUUGACGAGAUUGCCCAAAAUGUUGAUGGUAUAAGGCAGCUACUUCAAGAUCUUGGCAUACGUGCAAUUCCGGGAGCUCCGUCAUUGGCCUCCAGAGUUCAUCAAGGAGCUCUCUACCCUGAGACUACCAGUCAGGAUUCGAAGAAAACACAGGCAUUUGAUUAUGACGAGGGGGGCUCUCUUUUCCAUGCUCAAUCCAAGCUCACGGGUCGAUUUGUAAGUGAAUUGAUUGGUUUCGGGCCCUUCUCGCAAUUCAAUGCAAACCGUAAUGCGAUCAUGGAAUCAUUACAAGAAAUACUCGCUUCAGGUGACGAGAAUAAUCUCGAGAGCAGUGAAACUGUCGACGUCAUUAUGCCAGAGUUUCCUGAUAGCUUGGAGCUACCCCCUCAAGAAGAAGCUGUGAUUGUUUUACGCUGGGCAAGAGAAAAUACUCCGUGCUACAUACUAUUUUGGCUUGGUCAGGUUCUUGAUAUUGAGCAAUUUGCGGAUUCUUGCCAACGGGUCUAUUUUCCUAUUGCAAAAUUCAGCCAGCUUGACUUUAUCAUCGCCAAUAGCUUCUUGGCAUGGGUAUUCUGCGAGUAUGGCGUUGUCUCAGGGCAACAAAAAUACUUCGGCUUUGGCACCCAAUGCCAAUCGAACGCGUUGAACAGUGUCUCUCAUCUCCCAUUGGUCCUGCCACCCUCAUCAAGGACGAUCGCGAGUCUAGUUCUCGGAGCUCAGCAUGCUGUUGAUACCAAUCAGCCAACACUUGCGUGGACUCUAAACUCGACGGCCGCAAGUAUGUGCCAGACGCUUGGAUAUCAUCGGAGAUCGCGCAUGGAAAAUCAUGGAGAGAAAGCGAAGACAGAAAAGGAGAAGCUCUUCUGGUCAGUGUACAGGCUUGACAAAGCUCUGAGCCUGCGACUCGGUCGGACACCAGUAGUUGUGGAGUACGACGUUGCUCUCCCGUCUGAACCUACCGUCCGUCGAUGGACUAAAUUUGCCGAUAUCCAAGCUAGAACAUACACCCAGCUUUAUAGCUCUGUCGCGUCACAGAAACGAGAAGUGGAGCGAAUGGAAUCGGCCGGUGCGCUGUCUGUAGAAUUGCAAAUGCUUUUGGACCAACAGCACAAGUCAUCUUCUACAGAAAAUGCUGCUCGCCAGGCACAAACUGACCCAAGGAAGAGUGUAUACUUACAAACAGAGCGUAUCGUCUAUCUUUGUGUUCUCACGCUGAUAUGCCGCAUGGCUCCAGUCACCGCAGGUAUCUUUGAAUGCAUCCCAUAUCAUGCAAUCGACGUUGCCCGCAUGACGCUAGAAACUCACAAACAGGCUCUGGACGAUCUCCGAUCUCUUACGAUUAUUCCCUCGGCAUUCAAGAGCCACAUAAAUUGGUCCGUCCAUUUUGUUCCGUUCUUGCCAUUCAUCGUUGUAUUUUGUUCCGUUAUGCACGACUGCAAUGCGGCGGACCUCGCGCGCCUCGAAGACUUCAUAGCAUGUCUGAGCACUGGCGAGGGCCAUCCACACUCACGUGCGUACCAGUUAAUGAAAAUCCUCUCUGAGCUUGCGAGGCUGUAUAGUGAAGUGAAUUCUUCGGAAUCAACUUUCGAUCCGGAAACAGGCACUGAAGAGUUCGAUGAUUUCCUUGAUAUGCUGGGAAUCGACCGUCAUCAAUGGGACCUCCUUGAAGAAGGUGAACUGGGCGGGGACCGUUCAGACGCAACAAAUUUCUCAAUAUGA